CACUAACCCGCCUCUUCAGAAGUCGGUGGUGGAAUGUACGCUGAUUCGACAUACCGGUUUCCCCGUGGUCGGUUCUUGAAUGCGCCUGACACAGCCCGUGUGGUUUCCUGUAGACCACAUGACCCAGAACUACGUAUUACAUUCAAAAAUGAGUAUGCCUGUUUGGGACCACCCCCAUCUGUGUUAAAACAAAAAUGUUUUGACACAAACAAGCGACCCAUACGGAAUGGCGAUCCAGCGUCAUUUUCCCCUCCUCGUGGUUCUAAUCGCGGUCGAAUGCAUUCUGGUGAAAAGCGUGCUGAUCGUCCUAUCCCAUCGGAACAUUUCUUCUCCAGACGUUCACCAUCCUUGUUGCAGAGGCCAAUGGCAUCCAGGCAAUCUCGAGGACGCGGCCGUGGUACCACUCAGUCUUCGAAUUCCUACGUGCGCUUGUGUGAGUUUUGCUUGCUUGUAUACACCCAACAACUGUCUGACGUGUCCUGCGUUGUUCAACUGGAUACAGCAUGGGGCAAAUGGCGUCAAGACGUUUGCACCAAUCCGUUUGCCGACCUUUCAUUGCCAUGGUACAGUGACCUUGGUCUUCUUGUUUACACUUUACUGAUUCGGAUAUAUCGGCUUGCUCCCGUUGGAUUUGCUCCGUGCGAGAAUGGUGGCUUGCACAAUCCUGCAAGAUAUUUCACGAAAACGGCCCAACUAAAAUCACCCUCUCCAACCGUCCAGACAAGUGGCAGAUAUAUGGAUACAGGCGGGUUAGGGCGCAGAUCACGCGGUAGCGGGUAUCGUGGUCCACCACCGCUACGACCACGAGUCGAUGACUUUUCACAGGACGGAUUUUUCCACCGCACUUCUGUAAGAACAGUCGGUCGGCAGUACCAGCCCGCCUACCACACCAGGGGGGGAAAACAACGCUUGAACCAUGAUGUUCAACAGAAAUUCACAUACCAACUUGAACGAACAGCAAGCUACAACCGACGGGAUUCUUAUCGACAAGGCCAUACUCAGGCGUCUAGACGCCCCCGAGGAACAUUUGAAGUCACUGGUGGUCAAUGGAAAACAAAGCCACAAUUCACACGCUCUUCGGAACGGUAUUGGCAGCACGACGAGCGAGAACCGUACCAUCCAUCCCGGACUACAAAUGGCCGUCAUUCCCAACUUCCCAACGUUAAAGGAUUUGUGGAUGCGUCUUCGGCGGACGAAUACAUUGAUGACUUUAAUCCGGAAGAUUUGGCCAAGUACAAGUUAGAGAUCAAUAUGGAUAGUUUCACGGUGCAUUCCCCUACCCUAUCUGACCCCAUUCUCACUGUGCCAUUGUCAAAAUGGCAAUCGGAUGAACUGCGAUAUGCUCCCAUGUUGGCCGCUACUGGGAUGAAGGGAGGUCGAGCUCCUCCAGACGGUCGCAAGCCCAUUCGGACGGGCGCGGGAGUCACUCCUGCUGUUCGGUGUAGUCCAGAAGGCACAGAUGAUGGAAAACAUGAAUCUCAGGACGACUGCAUGCCUGUCCCGGACGGAGCUGAUGACUAUCUAGCUCCGGCUUUCCAACUUUGGGCGGACUGUGGAUUAAGCGUAGAACCGAGACUUCGUCGAGUUAGUGACAGUGAUACAACGAACCCCACUGCCCGUUGGAUAGACAUAGUCCGUCUCUAUCCUGUUCGAAGUUGGCCGUGUCUAAAAUUAUGCGAACCACAGCCGAUAUCGUCAACCUCGAGCGAUUUCAACGAUCAGUCCAAUGAAGACUCUAAAUUUCCUUUGCGUUGCCGGUCCUAUACACCCCCAUCCAUGGCACUGGUAGAUUUUGACGGAUCCAUCGUGCCUUCACGACUUUGUCGGUCUUUGCAAGAAUUGUGGGAUUCCGAAUAUCCACCGUCGUUCCUCCGUAACCAAGAUGAUUCAGCACCCCGGGGGAAAGCCGUUGGCAACGAUUGAGGAAAGGUUGUUUUCACUCGUGCCUGUUUCUUUUCUUCGACCGAGAUCUACAUUGAAAAUUGAUUUCCAUUCCUGGCGACCAAAGAGUCUCGUUCACCCAGGUUCCAUUUGCUGCACGCACAUCCACCAAGAUUAGCCACCCACCCACAGUUUCACAUAAACAGGCCAAAAAUAUCCUGCAUUGGCUUCCGUUCGUUUCACUUACUAGCUUUCAUGAUUGGAUGACACAAAAUUGGUGUGCGCCUAUUACUUUUUUGCAUCCCACUAUUGAUUGAGAAAGCUUUCAUUACCGGAACACGUACCAUGGACCUCCGCGAUCCUGAACCAAGCCAUUUGUUCGAUAAUCAACCAUCGCCAAAUCAGUCAUUAACAAUCAAAAUCCCCAAUGCGACCUUGUCUUUCUUUUCUGUGACACCUUUGCUUAUGUUUUUUGGAUAUCUGAUCAAUACUUUUUCCAUUACUUUAGCCUAAUUCGAAAUUAAUUAUUCUGAAUCAAUUU